AGGAUAUCAGCCAUCGUACGGCCCGGAUCAGUCCACUAGAAGCUUCUCUGUCUCCUUCCCCCUUAUAUCUUCUCCCUUCACUCCCGGCUUGUGCUCUACUCGUGCCGCCCCUGGGAUCGAGCUUUCUAUUUCACUCUUUUCUCUCUGAUCAGGUCCGUUGAAAAGCAAUUUGAAUUAUGGGGAAGCACUACCCGCACGUGAGCGAGGAGUACAAGGCGGCUGUUCAGAAAGCUAAGAGGAAGCUCACAGGAUUCAUCGCCGAGAAGAGAUGUGCUCCAUUAAUGCUCCGUCUUGCAUGGCACUCUGCUGGUACGUUCGAUGUCAGCACUAAGACUGGCGGUCCGUUUGGGACAAUAAGGCAUGAGGCCGAGCUAGCUCAUGGGGCCAACAACGGUCUUGAUAUUGCAGUCAGACUCCUGCAACCAAUCAAGGACGAGUUCCCUAUCAUCUCUUACGCUGAUUUCUAUCAGUUAGCAGGAGUUGUUGCUGUUCAAGUUACUGGAGGCCCAGAGAUUCCAUUCCAUCCUGGGAGGGAGGACAAACCUGAACCACCAGUUGAAGGCCGUCUUCCGGAUGCUAAGAAGGGGUGUGACCAUUUGAGGGAUGUGUUUAUUAAGCAAAUGGGCCUCACUGACCAGGACAUUGUUGCACUAUCUGGUGGCCAUACCCUGGGAGCUGCCCAUAAGGAGCGUUCUGGAUUCGAGGGACCUUGGACCUCCAAUCCACUCAUCUUUGAUAACUCAUACUUCACAGAACUCUUGACUGGAGAGAAGGAUGGACUUCUACAGCUUCCAUCUGACAAGGCCCUUCUCAAUGAUCCUGUCUUCCGCCCUCUUGUUGAGAAGUAUGCUGCGGAUGAAGAUGCUUUCUUUGCCGACUAUGCACUGGCUCACUUGAAGCUCUCUGAGCUAGGGUUUGUGGAAGCAUAAGAUUGUGGUAGCGAGAGAAUGGGAAUGGUGGCCUUUACCCAUUUUGGUUUUGAAUUUGUUCGAAUUCCUUUUGAAGGCUAUCAGUGGCUGCUAAAUGUAUCUUUUUCUGAUUGUUUGCUUCAAAAAGAUGGAUUUCAGGUUUCGUUGUAGCAAGUAAUGAAAAUGGUCAUCAUCAUUAUCCCACAUAAUAAAAUGUUUGAACUCUCUCUC